AUGUAUCUCUCUCCUCUCCUUCCCAUCUCUCUUCUCCUCGCUUCCUCGACCACCUACGCACUCCCAAACGAGCCAGCAGCAGCACGGCGGGAUGCUGGAAGGGCGCCUUUGACCGUUCCGCUCAUUCGCCGCGGGCUUGAGAAACGUGAGCACACCGCUGAAGAAUGGGCCGAGCUCGCUGCAAAUCUACGUGGCAAGUACGGUGGACCGUCUGCAAAAUCGGGGCGGCGCGCGUUGAACACGGUAUCUAUGACCAACCAACAAGCAGAUACGAGUUAUCUAGGAGUGAUUCAAGUUGGCACUCCUCCGCAGGCUGCAAACGUCGUCCUUGAUACGGGUUCCGCUGAUCUCUGGAUAAGCUCGAGCAAUUGUGCCCGUUGCGCUAGCCAAGCCACUGGCGCACGUUUCAACCAAGCGCAAAGCUCGACUUUUAAUUCUGUCCAAGGCAACCUCGAUGUCACCUAUGGCUCUGGGCGGGCAGUCGGUACGCUAGGCUCCGACGUGGUUCAGAUAGGCCAGUUCCAAGUCACUUCCCAAGUCUUUGGCCUUGCGACAUCUAUCAGCGACCAGUUUCUGACAGGGAAUUCAUCCGGUAUCUUGGGCCUCGGGUUUCGUUCGUUGGCGAGCACUGGCGCAAAUCCCUGGUGGCAACAGGCAAUUUCAGCAUGGGACGCGCCACAAAUGUCGUUCUACUUUACCAGGUUUCGUAAUGUGCCUGGCGCAACGAAUAUCGAUGAGCCCGGUGGCCAGUUUACGCUCGGCGGCACAAACUCGUCGCUCUACCAAGGUUCAAUCAACUUUACCAACCUCGUUCGUGCGCAGUAUUGGACGAUUCCCAUGACUUCAAUCGGCAUUGGUAACAGCGCGAGUAUCCAACUUGGCUCUGGCAACCAGAACGCAGCCAUCGAUACCGGCACGACCCUCAUCGGUGGCCCGUCGUCUGUACUUGACCAGUUUUAUUCCUUGAUCCCUGGCGCAACCCGUGGCUCACAGGUCAACCCAAAUCUUCAAGAUUAUUAUGUCAUCCCCUGCAAUGCCAAUGUGCAAGCAACGCUUACCUUUGGUGGCCAAGCGUAUACGAUGCAAGCAUCUGAUCUCAUCGGAGGCACGCUUUCUGGUGGCCAGCAAUGCAUUGGUGCCUUUUUCGUACUCGACCUUCAAUCUGGAUCGUCACCUAUUCCAGGUGCAGCAUCUGGCGUGCCAGCAUGGGUCGUAGGAAGCGCAUUCCUGAAAAACGUCUACAGCGUCUUCCAGUCGGACCCUGCAGCAGUCGGAUUCGCUACUCUACGAGACAAUGUUCAAGAAUUUGGCACACUGGGUGUCGCUGGCUUUUCGGUCGACGAAAACGGCCACACCAAUGGAACCAUUAUUGGUGCCGCCAGCCCUCGACGCCCGAUGACAAUGUUGGGUGGUGGAAGUGUUUUUGCUGCUAGUGCGCUCUGGAGCGUCGUUGGACUUGUCGCUGUGCUGGUCUCGACUUCGCUAUAG